UAGAGCGGCGGCGGCGCGGCCGGCUUCCUCCCCGGCGCUCCUCCUUCCCAACAUGGCGCAGUCGAUCAACAUCACGGAGCUGAACCUGCCGCAGCUGGAGAUGCUCAAGAACCAGCUGGACCAGGAGGUGGAGUUCCUGUCCACGUCCAUCGCGCAGCUCAAGGUGGUGCAGACCAAGUAUGUGGAAGCCAAGGACUGCCUGAGCGUGCUGAACAAGAGCAACGAGGGAAAAGACUUACUGGUCCCCCUGACGAGCUCUAUGUACGUCCCUGGGAAGCUGCAUGACGUGGGACAUGUCCUCAUUGAUGUGGGCACUGGCUACUAUGUGGAGAAGACAGCUGAGGAUGCCAAGGACUUCUUCAAAAGGAAGAUAGACUUCCUUACCAAGCAGAUGGAGAAAAUCCAACCAGCCCUGCAGGAAAAGCACGCCAUGAAACAAGCUGUCAUGGAAAUGAUGAGCCAGAAGAUUCAGCAGCUCACAGCCCUGGGGGCAGCUCAGGCUACUGCCAAGGCCUGAGAGCGAGCCGCGGAAACAAAGCAGAGGAACCCUGUUUCAAGGGGCCUGGGACUUUUUGGGCAGUGGCUGCCUGGUGUCUGGGAAGAGAGGGUCUCGGGUGUGAUGUCAAUAAAUGUGCCAGCUGGGCGAA